AUCCAAACUUUUGUUUGAAGAGUCCAAUGAUACCAUCUCCCUUUUUCUCAUGAAGAACAGUAAUUACGAAACUGCCAUUCCUGAAUUCCCCACCCACAAUCGGAUCCAACUCAACGUCGGCGGCAAGCUUUUCGCGACCACCGUUUCCACACUCCAAUCAGGCGGACCCGAUUCCCUCUUAUCCGCCCUCUCAACCCGACCAAUCGAUGAUCCUGACCCUACAAUCUUCAUCGAUCGCGAUCCAGAGAUUUUCUCAGUCUUCCUUUCUCUCCUCCGCACCGGUCGUCUCCCCUCCACUUCUCGCCGAUUCUCCAACCAUGAACUCGCCGAUGAAGCAUCCUAUUAUGGAAUCGAAACCCAUCUUAAAUCAUCUAUGCUUCCGAUUGAACUCAAUGGUAUUGAUGCCUCAUUUGUCUCCACAAUCAAACCAGCCGCCGAUCCAAAAGUCUCGACUUUCACCGCCGGAGACGGAGAUGGGUCGAUUUGGGUAGCUCAUGGCGGACAAAUCUCAGGUUAUGAUUGUAACUUAUCUCCAAUUGGAACUAUUAGAACCCACCUCGAUGAAAUCGAUUCUAUGCUCAGGGUUUUACCUGAUGUUGCUGCUCUUGGAUCUGAAUCUAUUCCUGGCCUCCAAUUUUACAAUCUCGCCAGUGGCCGUAAAAUUGGUUCUACCGAUUGGAUAGACCGAUCAGAUCCCAGAAUUCACAAAGCCCGUGUCGCAGCCAUUUCGAAUUCAUCCGACUCUGUUUUCGCCUCCUACAAUUGCUAUCAUAGAGAAAACUCGAUUCUUAUGAUUGAUAAAUCAACACUUCAAGUUUCAUCUGAAUUCGGUAGGCAAUCUGGAAACUCCUCCAAAACAAUUGUCCCUCGAAAGCUGACUUAUCUUCCUCAUUCCAACCUCCUAGUAGGAUCCACUGUUUCUUCCGGGGCAUUUGGUUAUUCGGGUUAUAUUCGGAUAUGGGAUACACGUUCAAGAGAAACUGUUUGGGAAACGAAUGAACCGGGUUCUGGUCGGAGUAGCAGGUUUGGGGACUCGUUUGCGGAUGUAGACAUAGAUAAGGAUGAGUUGACUCUGUUUAAGGUUUGUUCGAAAUCAGGUGAUAUAGGAAUGGCGGAUUUACGAAAAUUAGGAGAUGACCCAUGGGUAUAUUUGAUGGAUACAAAUCCUAGUAUGAAGAAUGAUGAAGGAAUGAACAAUUUGUUGAUACAUUGUUAUAGGAAGCAAGUGUUUGUUGGGAGAGAAGGCGGUUUGGAGGUUUGGUCUAAGCUGAAAGAGAAGAGAAAAGAGAAUGUGAUUAUGCAGGAGGAAGAAGGGGGUUUAUUAUAUAGGAGGAAUUGUAUGGAUAAACCAGAGGAUUCAGUUAGAGGAAUGAUAAAGAAGAUAGAAGGAGCUGGGGAUAGGUUAUUUGUUAGUAGAGAAGAAGUUGAUGGCAUUGAAGUUUGGGAAAGUUCAGAUCUUUCAGGUGUUAUCUCUGUUUCUUGAUCUCUAAACAA